CGUCGCUUCUACGUUAGCUUACGGGAAAACUUAUGGCACUGCGUUGGAGAUUCCUGACAUGGAGCAUGAAUUUUACUUGGUGGAGACGGAUAGUUUGAAUUUAUUAGACCAAAGAGAAGAAGCUGUAGACGAACAAUGUUCGACUAUUGUCAGUCAGGCUAAUAUGAGCAAUAAGGUGCCGGAAGUAUCGCUGUUUAGUUAUGUAAUAAACGACGUACAACAGGAAAUAGAGCAGCCGGGUAUCAGAGCCCUGAAGCCAAGUAAUUGGAACAUAGAAUCAGACAAUCAAGAACUCGAUACUCAUGUAGAUAGCUUGGACAACACGUUCUUUACGCCAAAUGACCUGCGAGAAUUAUUGAAGCGUACAGACACCGGCAAAGCUAUUUUAAGUAACGCUGAACAUGGAACACUUUCGAAAGACAGCAAAAAAGAACUAUCAGGAAUAAUUGCGGAAAAUCAUAUAAAGCGAAGUGGAGGACGAGGACGCUUUUCAAAAGAUUAUUUGAAAAACUAUUCGAAAUGCAUUGAACUUCUUCUGCCACACGAAAAGCAAGAUAUGAUUACGUAUUAUAUUCCAGCAGCACCACCUGAACGGCGAAAUCCCGGUGGUAGCAUUCAUCAAGCAUAUAAACGAUUGAAAGGGACCAUCAGUAAAAGGCAAGAUAGGGAAUUAGACCAUCAAAGGAAGUUGGGUGGAAAAGAAAACUCAUCUACAUCAGAUAUAAUCGAGCGGAACUCCAAGGUUGACCAGGCACGAAGAUGGUUACAGCUCAACGUCCAUCCGUGGGAUAUUGUAUUAAAAAUGUGGAAGAAAACGUUUCACCUUCGUAUAACCUGCUUAAGAAGCCUGAAGUGUGGCGAUAUUCUAAUAAAAUAUCCCCACUAUAAAGAGGAGCUCGGAUAUCAACUGAUCGAUGAAGAUUACCGUGAUUUGGGAUACAAAGAAAAAAGAGCUAACUGGAAAAAUAUAAUCGACAAAUUAAGGACGUAUUUCAUAUUGAAAGUUCGAAGCCAGAACUCUCUUGUAGUGCUGGAAUUUAUGAAUCGUUCAAAUCAAUCUGAAGAUGCCCUCAUUUGUUGCUUUUUAAUUCUACUCAAUUGUUGUGUAAAACCUAGCAAAAUUACAAAGACCAUGAGACCAGCAAUUCUAACCGCACAGGAAGAUGUGCUAAUGUUUGCUGGUAGUCUGGACUCUGCGCGCGAGUCCAUCAAAACACUUUUCGAAGCUUACGCUGUCCAAAAUAUUACGCCACAUCCCAAAAUAGUCGCCAUUGGAGUUGAUUACACCUCUACGAAAAGAGAGUUCUAUGUGCUUUACGAGGAUAUAGUAUACAAACUGGAUUCAGCGGCUCGAGCCGUAGAUGUCUUGAUUAAGAUGAGCAACAUUUUUAAACUACCGUUUUCAAAAAUUACCAAGCUUGUGUGGUAUACUAUCGAAGAAGUUAUGUAUGACACAAGAGCGCCAGCUCAAUAUAAGCAAAUCGAAGAGAUUAAAGCGAUAUGUCUAUGAAUAACUCUAUUUGUUGCUUCGUCAAAGAUUGCCGAUACAUUUCCACACAAGCUUCGCAAUAUAUAAAACAUUUACAAACUCAUAAUUUAGAGAAACCACUUCGUCUGGUUUGCACGUACAAAAAAUGUACACAAAAAUUUACAACUGUAUACCGCUUUUCAAGACAUAUUUCAACCCAUCUACAAUUAAACGCUGCAGAGCAGCGAUGUGUGCAGGAACAUCGAGAUAAAUCUGUCAUACUCAAGAAUGAUAUAUCACCACUGGAAUCAGUUCCAGCAGUACAUUCCCAAAGAGCUUCAACGGUUACCGAGAGCAGUGGGUUUGUUCAAUCGUUACGGGA